CGCCGCCACCCGCACCGCCGGAUCGCCGGCGCGUCGUCCGGAUCCGCGAGGCGGCGCUAGCCAAUUCGAUUAGCAGCUACAAGUUCUUCAAAGGUGCUUACAACAUUCUGCUAACAAGUUCCAUCGCGGCCAUCCCUCACAGCUGCCAUGGCAAAGCCCGGCAUUCUAGGCCGGAGCAGCAGCAUGCCAAGAUCAAAUGAGGGCAUGAGGCUCAUAUUCUCAGCAGUUAUCGGUGUUAUGCUAGGUUACUUGUUUGGGAUUUCCUUUCCCACUGUCAAUAUAACUAAGCUUCACUUCCCUUCCAGUAUUGUCUCCUAUAUUGAAGAUAGAAACUCUGGAAUCACAACACAAACAUUGUUGAACCAUGCAUGGACAUCUGCAAAUAGUCACAAGAAGAACAAUACUGACACAAAGUCUGAUGAAAUUCCAAAGAUUUACGUUACCUCAAACCCAAAAGGUGCUGAAAGGCUUCCACCAGGCAUUGUUGUCUCUGAAACAGACCUUUAUCCACGGAGAUUAUGGGGUGAACCUAGUGAGGAUCUUACUAUCCAGCCAAGGUACCUUGUUACAUUUACAGUUGGAAUUGGGCAAAAGGCAAAUAUUGAUGCAGCAGUCAAAAAGUUCUCGGAGAACUUCACAAUUAUGUUGUUCCACUAUGAUGGCCGGACUACUGAAUGGGAUGAAUUUGACUGGUCAAAAAGGGCUAUCCAUGUGAGUGUUAGCAAGCAAACUAAAUGGUGGUAUGCCAAGCGAUUUUUACAUCCUGAUGUUGUUGCCCGUUAUGACUACAUAUUUAUCUGGGAUGAGGAUCUAGGUGUUCAACAUUUUAAUGCAGAGGCGUACAUCAAGCUUGUUAGGAAGCAUGGGCUGGAGAUCUCUCAACCUGGUUUGGAACCUGACAGAGGUCUGACAUGGCAAAUGACUAAGCGGCGAGGUGAUCGAGAAGUUCACAAAGUAACUGAGGAGAGGCCAGGCUGGUGCUCUGAUCCCCAUCUACCACCAUGUGCAGCAUUCGUAGAAAUUAUGGCGACUGUGUUCUCUAGGGAUGCAUGGCGUUGCGUUUGGCAUAUGAUUCAGAACGACUUGGUCCAUGGAUGGGGUCUUGAUUUUGCUCUUAGGAAGUGUGUGGAGCCCGCUCAUGAGAAAAUCGGAGUUGUUGAUGCUCAGUGGAUUGUUCAUCAGAGUGUUCCAUCACUUGGUAACCAGGGCAAGUCAGAGAAUGGAAAAGCGCCCUGGGAAGGGGUAAGAGGACGCUGUAGAAAAGAAUGGGGGAUAUUCCAGACAAGGUUGGCCGAUGCCGAGAAGAAGUAUUACUUGGAUCGAGGGAUCACGCCACCGAAUUCGACAUCAGUUUAGAUGAGUUCUUGCGGCCCAUGCAGGAGUAGCCAGUAUGGUUUCUGAUUCGGAGACCUGCCCCUUAAGCGCUCAGUAUGUUAACGAAAGCAGCCUGCCACAAGCAAUAUAACUGAAGCUCCAGGGCCGGAUUUGUACAUGGUAAUAUCGUGGGGGAUCAAGAGUAUUUUAGCAGAUAGAGUGAGAGACCGCAUGCUAAUAAUGAAACUUGUGUAAUAUAUUUAUUGUACCGACACUUGUGGUGGAUGCAGAGCAUCAGUUUAGUUGUACCUCUUAUUUAAACACUUA